CCGCCGGCUCCGGUCCCGCCGCGCUGCGCGGGGCGCGGCCGCUCCGGGCCGGGGCGCGGGGCCGCCCUCUCCAGAUGCACCCAGUCCAGCCGCAGCCACCGGCGCUGAGAGCUGCGGGGCCGGGGGCCCUGUGACAGCAGCAGCAGUGCAGGACCAUGGCUACGGCAGCGCGGAUCCCGCUCUGCUCCGUGACUGCGUGGCUGCUCCUGCCCGGCCUCCUCCUGGCCUCCCAUCCCCGCUGGGCCGCAGCGUUCCCGCAGGGCUGCUACCCCUCGGAAGAGGAGGGGCUGAAGACGUUCCGCUGCAGCAGCGCCCGCCUCACCGAGGUGCCCCGGGACAUCCCCAACGACACCAACAAGCUCUACCUGGACUCCAACCGGAUCCCGUUCCUGCCCCGCGACGCCUUCCGGGACCUGCCCCUGCUGCUGGAGCUGGAUCUGUCCCACAACGCCAUCACCAGCAUCGAGAGCGGAGCGUUCCUCGGCCUGGCAGAGCACCUCCGCUCCCUGGACCUGUCCUCCAACAACCUGGUGUCCGUCAGCAAAGACACCUUCAGCAACCUGAAGGCCAAGGUGAACCUCUCCAACAACCCCUGGCUCUGCGACUGUCGGCUGCAGGAGCUCAUCCGCACCCUGGAGCUGGCGCCCGGCUCCUCCGGCGGCCUCGUCUGCAACUCCUCGGUGCAGGAGGAGCACGUGGGCAAAGCCUUCCUGCAGGUGAUGGCCGACACGGACCUCUGCAACGCCUACAAGAAGACCACGGACGUGGCCAUGCUGGUCACCAUGUUCGGCUGGUUCACCAUGGUCAUCUCCUACCUGGUCUACUACGUGCGGCAGAACCAGGAGGACGCCCGGCGGCACCUCGAGUAUCUCAAGUCCCUGCCCAGCAAGCAGCGGAGGUCGGAGGAGUCGUCCACCAUCAGCACCGUGGUGUGAGGCUCCGGCAGGACU